UCGGUUGUGCGCGUUGUCGGUACUGUCGUUUCAUGAAUGUCUUCAUAGUACCGCGUACCAAAUUUUAGUCUGUUUAGGAUUAUGACCUUGUCGGUGUAAACGUUUUUUUACAAAGAAAAACUUUUUUGUUGUGGAUUAGGUGUGCCAAAGUCAAAAUGUGGGAUUCGAUAGCCAAUAAAGCUUGCGACGUCUGCGAAUUUACUAGAAAAGAAAACGCUUGUGAUGCCAAACAUGAAUUCUUCGACAAAGAGCAUCUCAGCCCAGUAAAAAAUGAAGAUCUCUCACUGUACGAUGGAAUGUCCUUGCUUCCCGAAACGUGUCGUUCCGAUUCAUCCCCUGGCUGUCCAAACAGACGUUCCUUGGACGACAUUGAUGCUUCCUCUCAAGAUUCUGGCUACGGUACAGGUUUCCAUGUGGAUCAUGGAAAGUUUCUCUCUUAUGCUUCACCUAGUAGAGCUUUAUCCUCUUCUUUUGGAUCAGCAUCAAUAUUUUCCAUGGAGGAUGACUUUUUGGAAGAUUUCUCCGACGUGGAACCUUUGGAGAAGAAUUCUGGAUUACCAAAAGAUUUCUGCAAGCUUAUCAAUGAUCCACUUGUAAUAAGGUCUAAGCCUAAGCAAAAAUCUUCCCCGAAAGAUACAAUCAUAAGACCACUGUUCCGGCGCGCGCUUUCUUUGCAAAAUCAUACUACUACACCUGUCAGUAAGGUGCGAACUAGUUUAUUUUCUGGUAACGAGAAAAAUAAGGAAAAUCGCCCGUCUUUUAAACGCGCUGAGCCUCCAACUGUCCUUGAGAAAGACCAUACGAUGAUUAAACGAUCCAAACUGUUUGGAGAAUUCUCUUCCCCACAGCCACCUAAAAAAACAACUCCGCUCUUUACUCGCCAAUUUUCAGCGACUGAAGAAAGCAUUAUGUGUGCAGUCCAAAGAUCUUCAACAGAACCUGAUCUUAUUGGUGAUUUCACAAAGAGCUACUGCCUUCCUUUGACACCUGGAAGACAUCAGGACUUAAAGUCAAUUACCCCAGAAACUUUGGCUCGAGUAAUGAAUGGAGAAUUUACAGAUUCAGUUGAAUCGUAUAAGGUGAUUGACUGCAGAUAUCCUUAUGAAUUCGUCGGAGGACAUAUUAAUGGAGCUGUAAAUAUAUUUACAAAGGAGCAAAUUUCGAAUCUACUAAAUGAGUCAAGAAUUCCGUCCACAAGCUCCAAUAAGAGGCACAUAUUGGUGUUCCAUUGCGAGUUUUCGAGCGAAAGGGGUCCAAACCUCUACCGCCACUUGCGUAAAGAAGAUAGAACAAGGAACAUGAGCGAUUAUCCAUUCCUGCAUUAUCCAGAAAUUUACCUUCUAGAAGGAGGAUAUAAGAAGUUCUUUCAAGAAUAUGCUGAUAUGUGUGUCCCAGUGGCAUACAAAGAAAUGAUGCAUCCAGACCAUGAAGAAGAUCUUCGUCAUUUUAGACAAAAAUCUAAAACAUGGAAUUCUGAUAGUCGACAGAGACCUACCAAAAGUCUGAAAAGAUUGUAAUCUUUCAACUAGUUUUAUGUUUUACCUAUAAUAGUACAAAACUGUGUAUAAUUUAGUUUUAUCGCAUUUCAGUUUAAUUGUUUAAUGUCUUUGAUUUAAGUAUAUUUAUAAUAUGGGUUUGCCUAUCCUAGUUGCAUUUGAACAUCAACUUUAUUGUACAUUAUUUAUAUCAUAUUGAUAUUUCAUGUAUUUAUAUAAACUGAGACAUAGUCUUAUUUGCAAAUGUAUAUUGUAUAUAAGAGAACUUUAUGAAAAGUAGCUUUUAUCGUCACUCAUUUAAUGAAGGGCUUCUAUUUAUGCAAUGCUACCCACCAAAGUUUUUUGUUUUAUCCAGUUGACUUAAUGGACCACAGUCCUUUUAUUUUUUUUUGUUUUAUGUGCAAUUUUCCUAGCAAUAAAAUUGUGAUGUGCUUGCUGUGCCCGGUACCUUAAGCACUAGCCUCUGUCACGGGUUACAACAAGCACCCCUUAUAUUUAUUUAUAAAAUAUUUUUAAGCGUUUUAUUUCAGUACGUCUUAGCAUAUUUGUUCAGUGUGUUCGGUGCAAAAUUCAAGAAAUAUAUUUUUUCUAUUAUGUAUAAUUUCUUUUUUCUCUUGAUAGACUGAACUCUUUAUGUAAGUGCUUAUCUUAUCUUGAAUUUUGCCAAUUGCAUUAAUUACUACAUUGCUGUGGAUAAAAUGUUGUUUUAAUUUAUGAAUAAAAAUUACUCUAUUAUCCCAUUGCAAUAA